CCUACAGAGGAGACGCGUGGGAACUAGGAGGUUGUUUUCAGCGCCGGAUGUUGUUCCUCAGCCGGAUGAGUGUUAGGACUGACGUUGACUUGAGAAGCGCACUGGGAUAAGUUUGAGCAGCGCUGAGUUUGAGGUAAAACCAUUUUUUAACCUAUAAAAGAGCGCAUUUCACCACCGGAACCAGAAGGUGCUUGACUCAGAAUGGGGAAACUAUUGACCUUUUCUCUGCUGGUCGCUGCGCUGGCGGUUUUGCUCGGAGAGAGAAUCAUAAACUUAAGGAGGAUCACUCUGGCGUCCAGAGAGCUGGUCCAGAACCACCUUCCCAACUGUGUCCCCAUCAAAGGUCUUGUGUAUGGAUCGGAGGACAUCACCAUACUCCCGAAUGGACGAGCCCUCAUCAGCACUGGGCUUAAGUUUCCCAUGUUACCGUCAUUCUCUGACGGUCCGGGGAAAAUAUUUUCCAUCGACCUGGAAGACCCAAGAAUCAAGCCUGUGGAACUGCGCAUUGCCAGGAACUUCGACGUGGACUCGUUUAACCCUCAUGGCAUCAGCACAUUCAUCGACCAGUCCGACGACACCAUAUACCUCUUCGUUGUCAAUCACCCGGAGGGGAGGAGCCAAGUGGAGAUCUUCAAGUUCAUAGAGGAGGACAACACUCUAGAGCACGUGAAGACCAUCACACACGAGCUGCUGUACAGUGUGAACGACAUCGUGGCGGUCGGGGUGGAGAGCUUCUACGCGACCAACGACCACUACUUCCUGCAGGAGCCGCUGCGCAGCCUGGAGCCCCUGCUGGGCCUGGCCUGGUGCUCGCUGGUGUUCCACGGCCCGGGGGACGUCAGGGUGGUCUCUGAGGGCUACGGCUCGGCCAACGGCAUCAACGCCUCCCCAGACCAGAGACACGUUUACGCGAUGGACAUCUUGGGUCACAGCGUCCGCGUUCUGGAGAGGCAGGAGGACAACUCUCUGAUCUCCAUGAAGUCGGUGGACGUGGGCUCCCUGUGUGACAACAUCGAGGUGGAGCCGAGGACCGGGGACCUGUGGCUGGGCUGCCACCCCAACGCCUGGAAGCUCUUCAACUACGACCCCCAAGACCCCGCCGGGUCGGAGGUGAUCCGCAUCCAGAACAUCCUCUCCGAGCAGCCGCUGGUCAGCCAGGUGUACGCUGACGACGGCAGCGUUCUGAUUGGCUCCUCAGUGGCCGCCCCGUACGGAGGGAAGCUGCUCAUUGGCUCCGUCUUCCAUAAAGCCCUGUGCUGUGAUCUGAGCCAAGAGAUCUGAACUGAACCCUAAUGAUCUGAACCGAGUCCUAAUGAACAGAACCGAGUCCUAAUGAACAGAACCGAGUCCUAAUGAUCUGAACCGAGUCCUAAUGAACAGAACCGAGUCCUAAUGAUCUGAACCGAGUCCUAAUGAACAGAACCGAGUCCUAAUGAUCUGAACCGAGUCCUAAUGAUCUGAACCGAGUCCUAAUGAUCUGAACCGAGUCCUAAUGAUCUGAACCGAGUCCUAAUGAUCUGAACCGAGUCCUAAUGAACAGAACUGAGUCCCCGAUAUGAACUGAAUCCAGGGGUCUGAACUGAGUCCCUGUGAUCUGAACAAUGCGCCAUACUGGUCUGACUUAAAGACUUUCACCGUGAUUGGGUUUAAUAUGUUGAGUCGAGUUAAAGAUUAAAGAUUGUAAGCCUCUUUUGAAAGAGACGGCAAACCAGAAUCUCUGGAAAUGUGUUGCCUAACAACAGACUAAAGCUGGGCCUGGGGAGACCUGGCCUGCGUCAUGUGACUGGGUCAUGUGACUUAACCUCUGGUGACCUGGUUUGGGUCAUGUGACUCCUUUGUUUGUCUUUUCAAAGCUGGCGCAAUAAGUCUUGAACUAAAUUGUGUGGAUUUUUUUCCAGGAGAUGUGAUUUCUGUCUAAGUCACUUAAUACUUUACGAGUACAUCAAUAUAAAGGUGUUAAUAUGGUCAAUGUUCAGUUUGUCUUCUUCAUAACCAGGCCGUACCCGUACAUGUCUCAAUAUCUAUGUUUGGAUAAGAUAAGACCAUCAAUCCCUCAAGGGCUGCGGUUGCAUUGACAACAUAGUGUGCAUGUAGAACGGUUGGAAUACACUUUUAAUGUAACAAGUGUUUGUGGUUCUUCAAUUACACAUGAUGUAGCCACGUUGUGAAUCUUAUUUCCGUUUCAUUUCUGAGUGGUAAAGGUUGGACAUGAGGAAGGCACAUGUUUUUUUUGCUUUUUAACUUUUUAAUACAUAAGUACAUGGACAACAUCAACUGAUAUUAAAUAUUUUGAAAUCAUUCAGUGUUUUUGCACAACAUUUCUAGAAGUCAAUAGUAUUUCUUGAAGUCAUUUCCGGAAAUAUGAUUCUCCCAUUUCCCUGUGAGUUUCAUUCAUAUUUCGCAGAUUGAAACAAGUUUUGCAAAACAAUGGUGCAAUGUAUAAGGAUUUGUGGUUGUGUCUGACUGUUAAAGUAACGUGAUCAUCAGAUCAUGUUCCGAACACAUUUCAUCAUUAGGAACUUUCACUAGGGUGUUGAAAGCGUAUAGGCCUACUAUCCUUUCCUCUUGUUACAGGCAGCAUCAAACAAUAGUAAACUGGAUUCUAUUUCUUGAAAAAAGUACCACACUCAACAGUUAAAACACAUUGAUGCUUCAGAAAUAAAUUAACCUUUGAAC